AUGCUGGGGCUGGAGCACCAGACCACACGCGGCUCCAUCAGCGUCGAGUACUACGGCCGCAACGUGGGCAUCAAGAUCAUGCCCACAGGCGUCAACCCCCGGCGGCUGCUCGAGGGCUUCAGCUGGCCCGAGUUCCAGUGGCGGCGCGGGGAGCUGCUGUCAGACUUCCAGGGCCGCAGCCUGCUGGUGGGCGUGGACGACAUGGACGUGUUCAAGGGCAUAGAGCUCAAGCUGCAGGCUUACGAGCGCGUGCUGGAGGAGCACCCCGAAUUUGUGGGCCACGCGGUGCUCAUACAGAUCACCAACCAGCCCCGCAGCAGCGGCAAGGAGCUGGCUGAGCUCCACGAAUGCGUGCGGCAGGUGGUGGCGCGCAUCAACGCGCGGUUCGGGGCGCCAGGCUACGAGCCCGUGUGCUACCUCGAACGCCACGUGCCCCUCCACGAGCGCAUCGCAUUCUUCAGUGUCGCGGACUGCGCCGUCGUCACCGCCACGCGCGACGGCAUGAACCUCGUGCCCUACGAGUACGUGGUCUGCAGGCAGGGCCCGGACCCCGGCGCCGGCGGCGAGGGGGAGGGGGAGGUGGUGGCGAGCAGCCGGGAAUCGAUGUUGGUGGUAUCAGAGUUUGUGGGCUGCAGCCCCAGCCUGAGUGGCGCCAUCCGCGUCAACCCCUGGUCCAUUGAGAGCGUGGCUGACGGCAUGUACUCCGCCCUCAAGACCAGCAAACAGGACAGGCGGCUGCGCCACGACAAGCACUGGCGCUACGUCAGCCAACACACGGUGGCCUUCUGGGCCCAGUCCUACGUCACAGACCUGGCGCGUUUCACCAAGGGCCACCUGGCCAUGAAGUGCUACGGCCUGGGGCUGGGGCUAGACACUUUCAGGGGCCGGCCUGGACACAUUUAG